AUGUCGGUCACGGAGAUCUUCUCGCUGCGCGGGGUCAGGAGGUCGGCGAUCAACGGGGAGGGGAGUUUCGACGAGGAGCAGUGCGCGCGCCUGUUCGGCUUCAGCGCGACUCUGUUCGAGCGCAGCCUCGGCGCGACCUCGCGCGUCGGGGGCGCGAAGAGCGGGGGGCGCAGCUGCAGAGUCGGAGCUAGCAGAAGGACGGUCGCGAUCACUGCGAGCAGCAGCCGCUUCCAGCAGCAGCUCGUUGCUGGCGCCAGCCUGGCAGAAAACGUAGCGUGGCAGAUCAGCGCGGACCCAGGGUGGGGGUGGAGGGGGGGGGGGCGGGUGCCGUUCUUCGACUCCCCUGCCGUGCUUGCGGUGUAUCCCGGCGGCGGUGCGCGCUUCCAGGCGCACGUUGACAACACGGCCGGGGACGGCCGCAGGCUGACGGUGCUGUGCUACCUCAACGAGGGCUGGUCCGCCGCCGACGGGGGCGCGCUGCGGCUGCACCCGCGCGGCGCGGCGGCGGUGGACGUGCUGCCGGUGGCCGGGCGGGCCGCGCUCUUCCUCGCCGACGCCCUGAAGCACGAGGUCCUCCCCGCGGCCCGCGCCCGCUACUCCUGCAACGUGUGGUACUACGACCGCGCCGAGCGCGACGCCGCCCUCGCGGAGGCGCGCGCGACCGGGCAGGUGGGCGGCGGCGGGGCGCUCUCGGUCGAGGACCAGCGCGCCUCCCACGCCUUCCUGCAGCGCCUGCUCGGCGGCGGCGGCCCCGGGCACGGCGAGCUGCGGCAGCUGGCCGAGGCCGCGCGGCGGCUGCCGGAGGGCGCUGCGCGGCUCGUGGCGCAGGUGCUGGGCGUCCCCGCUGGCGCGGCCCACGCGUCGGCGGAGGGCGUGGCGUCCAUGGUCGGCUCGCUGACCGCGGAGUCGCUGGGGCUGCUGAG